AUGGCGGACCGCCCUGAGGAAUGCGCAUUACAAUUAGAUGAUUAUUUUGAAUGUUUGCAUCAUACCAAAGAGUGCGAGUUGACACUCAACGCAUUAGUUUUACUUAAUAAAACGACAGAGCUAUAUGGACCGCUAGUUUGCAAAUGCCGAAAAUGGAUAGUAGAACAAGAUUGA